AUGCCAGUGUUCAUUUUUAACAGUUAUUAUGAAGGACCAGCUCUUGGUGAUAUUGGUUGUAGAGCAUAUGGCCUGUUGGGAGGCCUAACAGGCAUAGCUUCGAUAUGCACACUAGCUGCGAUAGCAAUGGACAGAUUCUACGUCAUUAAGUAUCCCUUAAACCGAUCUUUCACCAACAUGCGAGUAAAAGUUUGCAUAGUUGUCGUAUGGAUAUACGCCUUAAUAUUUUCCGUGUGCCCUGCACUAAACAUCGGUCUUAAUUCUUAUGUUCCGGAAGGCUAUUUGACCAGCUGCAGCUUCGACUAUUUGACUGAUGAUAAUACGGCGAGGAUAUUUAUUUUGGUGUUUUUCGUAGCUGCGUUCUGCGUGCCAUUGGGGCUGAUUAUUUUCAGCUACAUUAAUAUUUUGUCGGUGGUCAUGAAUAGAUCGGUUUCGGUCAGUGGAGAUUCUUCCAGGCAUUCCAAGGAAGAAGAUAAAAGAAAACAAGAAAUGAAGCUGGCUAUGCUUUGUUUGUCAGUUGUUUUUCUUUGGUUUGUCUCUUGGACCCCGUACGCAAUUGUUGCUUUAUUGGGAGUAUCAGGGAAUAAACAGUAUAUUAAUCCUAUUACUUCCAUGAUUCCAGCGUUGUUUGCCAAAAUGGCGAGUGCCGUAGAUCCUUAUGUUUACGCCCUGUCUCACCCAAAAUUCAAGGAAGAAUUUUAUGCUUUAUUCAAGAAAAGUAAUAAUAAUUCUAACAGAGUAUUCAGCGUUUCCAAACCACCAAAGAACAUUAAUGAAGAAAAAAGUGACGAUGCAUCUGAAGUGGAGUCAGUCGAAUUGGCAGGUUAG